CAGCGUGAACAAUGAACUUGCCCUGGAUACCUACUGUAACACCCCCGUGUUCCAUCACAUCUGUCUAUUGAGGCUAAAUUGGCAGCGAGAAAGCAUGUCACUCGUUGAAACACAACUAGUACCAGGGUAUGACGCCGCGAUUGACUAUCCCUUGCCUCCUCGAGCGGGGAAUGCCUUGUCAUUAAUGGAUGCUGCCCUGUAGUAGGUGGUGUUGCAGCGUGGGAGGUGCAGGAAUGGUGGCAAUGACCACGAUUCGUAUAUCCUGGAACUCCAUAUUCACUCUGCCCAGUAUUGAUAAAAGAUAAGAUGCGGAGAUGCGGCGCAAUUCCGCCCAGUGCCCCGCGGCUUUAUUAUCCGAGUCGGACCCCCUCCAGAGAUCUAGACAUUCAGAGCAUCGCACUUGAUCUUCUGUUCCUCUGCCUCAUCCCCCUUGAGAUUAUAUUUCGAGCGUCAACUAUGACCCCAGCAGCCACCCUCGAUGCCACCCAGCCACCGUGGCAGUCCAUGGCAGCAGCCAAGCGCCAGGCCAUCUACUCCGCCAUUCCCCCCGAAUGGCGAAUCGAACCGAUCCCUUCAGCCGACGAUCAGCCCGACGUGACCGACGCGUAUAUCCAUCAAUAUCUCACCCCCCGCGAGAUCGAAAUCACCUCGUCUGACGCGGUGACCAUUACCGACCACACCACGACGGGCGCAUGGAGCGCACUCGAAGUGACCGAGGCUUUCUGCCAUCGUGCAGCCCUGGCCCACCAACUGACCAACUGCCUCCUCGAGAUCUUCUUCGCCGACGCCCUGGCCAGUGCCCGCGAACUCGACGCCUACUACACCGCCCACCGAACGCCCCUGGGUCCCCUGCACGGCCUACCCGUGAGUCUGAAAGACCAAUUCCACGUCCGCGGCGUCGACACCACCCUGGGCUACAUCGGCUGGAUCAACACCCACGAAGGUCAAACCCGCCUCCCCCCGGAGACACGCAUCGACGAAAGCGAACUCGUGCGGGAACUGCGCAACCUCGGGGCGGUGCUCUUCUGCAAAACCAGCGUGGCGACCACGCUGAUGGCGGGGGAAACCGCCAACAACAUCAUCGGGUAUACGUGGAACCCCCGCGACCGGCGACUGUCGGCGGGGGGGAGUUCGGGCGGGGAAGGGGCCUUGAUUGCGAUGCGCGGGUCGCCGGCAGGGUUUGGGACGGAUAUUGGGGGGAGCAUCCGCGUGCCCGCCGCCUUGAAUGGGAUCUACGGGCUGCGGCCCUCGAGCGGACGAAUGCCGUACGAGGGCGCGGCGAAUACGAUGGACGGGCAGAAUACGAUUCUCUCGGUCGUGGGGCCGAUGGCGACCUCGGCGCGGGCGUUGAAGCUGCUCUUUCAAGCGGUGCUGCGGCAGGAGCCGUGGUCGCAUGAUCCCUUGGUGGUGGCCUUGCCCUGGCGGGAGGAGAUGGCGCAGCGAGCCUCGGGAGAAGGACUGAGCUUCGCGAUCCUGCAGCAUGACGGGAUGGUGCGGCCGCAUCCUCCGGUGAGACGAGCAUUGGCUUUGGUGCGGAAGGGGUUGGAGGAUCGGGGUCACCGCGUCAUCGAAUGGAGCCCGCCCAGUCAUGCAACGGCCAAGGACAUUGCGGUAUGCUCGCUCCACAAUGGGGGCUUCAUCUUCGCUCCCCCAUUUCCUUUGUUGACGAAAUGCCAGAUGCAAGCGUACCACCUCGACGGCCGCACCGAUGUCCAGACCCAGUUCGCCCUAUCCGGCGAGGAACAGCGCCCGGAAUGCUUCUUGCAGCCCAGUGAGCAGCGAACCGCCACUCAGGUGGCCGCGCUGAAUGUCACGAAGCGCAACUAUCAGAAGUCGUACAUGGCGUACUGGAACUCGACGGCCAAACUCACCGGGACGGGACGACCGGUCGACGCGGUGAUUUGUCCGACCUGUCCCUACGUGGCCGUGAAACCCGGACGCUUCCAGCACUCCUACACGGAGUUUGUCAAUGUGCUGGACUAUCCCAGUGCGGUCGUACCGGUGACUCGGGCAGACAGGACGCUGGACGCGAAGGGGAGUGCAGAUGGCUUCGUGAGUGAAUUGGAUAAACAGAUUCAAGCAGAGUGUAAGUCUCGGGCAGGGAAAUCCGGGCCACCCUCACUAACGAUGGUAGAUGAUUGCAAUGUCAGUCACGGUGCGCCAGUUGGGCUACAAGUCAUCGGCCGGCGGUUGGAGGAAGAGAAGGUUUUGGCAUUAGUCGAGUAUAUCAGUCGACUGGUGAACGAGAUAACCCAGAGCACAUAGCCAUAGCGAACAAUAUUCUAGAAGGUUUGUAUUCGUCGUUAGACUAUUGUCCUUUCUACAAACUUGGUAGCCUCUAGCCUGCUUCUAGGUCGACAAUACAAGUUUUAUAUUAAUCCCGU